AUGAAGAGGCGCUGCACACAACUGCUUCGUUUCCACUCCUGCAAGCAAAGCUGAAAGAAACAGUGUACGACGAGAAAUGAAAGGUAACACUAUUCAGCAUGUAGAUAGCAGAAAUAGCCACAAUGCAAAAUGAAAGUACAGAAAAAUGUCCGAAGGAGCAACACCAGCGUGCACAAAAAGAAAAGAAGCGAAAUAAAAAAGACUAAACACGAUCGCGCUGAGGAGGCCCCCUGGGCAUCUGGUACAAACUCACGCACGCACAUUUGCGCCCCUGACUAGAACGCGUGCGCCAGCGCAGAGGCGACCAGAGACCGCCACGAUCAAAGGGAACGCCGGGAAAGCAAAAUCAGACAAGGGACGCACCAUGACGCUGCAUGGCGCCACGGAGCCCUCGUCCCCCGUCUACAACGCUCCGUGACGUCACGAGCCCCGUGCUCGCCGACUGGCGAGGCGAGCGCGUCACUGGACGCCGCCGAUUGGGCAAUUACGCAGAACCAAUGAGCGCACGCGUUACCCUGGAGCGGGCUCUUUGCUGUUCGGAGUCCUUCGCUUUUUUUUUUUUUUUUCUACCUCUCGAGCACCUUCUUCCCCUUCGCUCCAAAGCGGCGCUGUCUUCCCUCUCUCCCCCAAAACGGGAGGCGAAAAGGGAGGAGGGUCCCGUGGCGGCAGCGGUGGCGGUGGUGGCGAGCAAAAUCGCUCGGUCCCGCUCGGCUCGACUUUGAACGGCGUGAAAAAUCGGCGACCGAGGGUUUGGGUGCUACGCGCGCGCGUUUGUACCUUUUUUUUCUUCGCAACGUAGUUCGCCCGGUGUGUGAGCUGCGGCUGCGGCUGCUGCUGCCGUUUUUUCCCUCGUUGGUCCUGCCGGCUACUGCCACCGGUGGUGGUGUGGCGGCUACGACAUCGCCAUGCUGCACGAGGUGGCUGCUGCCGCGCGAGAUACCGGCGGUUGCGGCGACGUCAAGCAGCCCGCGCCGUCGACCAAGGGCGUCGAGCGUCGACUCGUGCACGCCUACUCGAUCGACGCAAUCCUGGGACUUGACAGGUCGGCGACGUGCGCCGACGAGCGACGCCGGGCUCCGGUGCUCUGCCAUGCCGGCACGCGAUGCGCUUCACCCGCGGGCACGGACAGCGGGUCCGACACGGCGAGCAACGCCGGCCUGGAAGUCUCUAGCGGACCCGAGCUGUCGCCCGGAACCGGAAGUCGCGGAAGUCCCGGCCCGGAAGGCGCGACGACGCACCUGCCUGCAGAAGGGACGUCACCCGCACCGGGUGGUUCCGGAUCUUCUUCCUCGCUGUCCCCGGCGGGCGGUGGUGCGGCGGGCUCCAAGAAGAAGCACCGGCGCAACCGAACCACCUUCACCACUUUCCAGCUGCACGAGCUGGAGAGGGCGUUCGAGAAGUCCCACUACCCGGACGUGUACAGCCGCGAGGAGCUGGCCAUGAAGGUCAACCUGCCGGAAGUCAGGGUGCAGGUGUGGUUCCAGAACCGACGCGCAAAGUGGCGGCGCCAGGAGAAGAUGGAGUCGCAGAGUGCCCUGCAGCACCGACUCGUCGGAGGCGGCGGAUCGUCCCCUGGGCCUGGAUCGACAGGCUCGGGGGCGGGCUGUCUGGGCGCGCCCCCCGCGCUGCCGCUCGACCCGUGGCUGGCCCCGCCGCUCCUGUCGGGCUCCCCUUUCCUGGCCGCGGCGGCUGCUGCAGCGGCUGCCACGCAGCAGCCUCCGCACCACCACCACCACCACUUCUACUCGGCGGCGACGGCGCCCUUCCACCUACAAGGGAUGACCGCUCCGAGCAGCAGCUCGCCGCUCAACCUGACGUUGUCCAACGAGCCUAAGCCACAGCCUCAGUCACCGGAAGACGAAGACGAGUCGGCCAGUUCCGGCCGCACUUCGAGCAUCGUGACUCUCAGGCUACGUGCCCGAGAGCACGUGCAGCUGCUGUGCAAAGGAGUGUGACGCCGGCUAUGUCCGGAUGGCUGGACGCGGAAGUGAGGGCCGAGCUGUACGAAACUAGACAAGAAGAGAACGACGUGUACAUAAAGCAACGAUUUAAA